GUUUCCGAAGUCCGAACUGCCAUAGAGUCGCCGGCAAUGUGUUGCGUGCGUAACCUCUGCAUUGCUCUUCUCUUACUUCACUCAGUAGCGGUUGCUCUGGUCUCUGCUCAGGGAUCUAAUUCUACUUCUCGCUGGCAGACUCUAAGCGGAGAUGCACCUUUGGUUAUUGCACGUGGGGGAUUUUCAGGAAUGUUUCCAGAUUCUAGUUUACCGGCUUAUGAAUUGGCAUUGUUAACUAGUGUACCUGAUGUCAUAUUAUGGUGUGAUGUUCAGUUAACCAAAGAUGGAUUUGGGAUUUGCUUUCCUAAUCCCAAUCUAGAAAAUAGUACGAACAUUGGUUAUCUUCCAUCUUUUAACAAUCAGCAGAAGGUUUACCAGGUUGAUGAUGGUCCUGUUAAGGGAUGGUUUUCAGUGGAUUACACCUUCAGUGACCUUGGAAAUUUUUCCUUAACUCAAGGAAUCUAUAGACGGACUCCACAGUUUGAUCGCAAUUUGUUAAAAAUUUUGACUGUUCAAGAUGUGGCUCAUCGAUUUAACCAAUCAGCUUUCUGGUUGAAUGUUCAGUAUGAUGCAUUUUACACGCAACAUAAUUUGAGUAUGAGGAACUUUGUCCUUAAUGUAUCUAAGAGUGUGAUUGUUGAUUACAUCUCUUCACCAGAGGUUGGCUUCUUGAGGAGUAUUUUGGUACCUUUUGCAUCAAGCAAGACAAAGCUGGUCUUCCGGUUUAUGCAGCAAGAUGACAUUGAGCCUUCAACCAACCAGAGUUAUCGUUCUCUGUUAGGGAAUCUCACAUUUAUAAAGAAAUUUGCCUCAGGAAUUAUUGUUCCCAAGUCUUACAUAUGGCCAGUAGAUUCUAGUAAUUACUUGCUAACUUCAACCUCUGUCGUCUCAGACGCUCACAAAGUAGGGCUAGAAGUUUUUGCAUCAGACUUUGCAAAUGAUGCUCAACUUAGCUUCAAUUACAGCUAUGAUCCACUGGCUGAGUAUUUAAAUUUCAUUGAUAACGGUGACUUCUCUGUUGAUGGUGUGAUAUCUGACUUCCCAAUAACUCCAUCAGAAGCUAUAGGCAAAUUGCUUUGCUCACCUAGGCAAAAAUGCUUCAAAACAAGACUUUAUAUUUUUGGUCCUACCAAUUCUCCAAAGGUUCUUCUUGACACGACUUUCAUCCCUUGCCUUGUUGUAGCUGAUCUACUGAUAAUAACCAAAUAUGGAGCAAGUGGGGACUACCCUGGAUGCACUGACUUGGCAUACUCAAAAGCCAUUGUAGAUGGUGCAGAUGUUAUUGACUGUCCUGUGCAAAUGACAAAGGAUGGGAUACCUAUUUGCUUGCAGUCCAUUAAUCUUUUUGAUAGCACAAAUGUUGCCCAAUCAAGUUUCAGCAACCUUGUAACAACGAUUCCAGGGAUUCAAGCAGACAUUGGAAUAUUUACCUUUACCCUGACAUGGAGUGAAAUUCAGACCUUGAAACCAUCAAUAUCAAGCCCACAGGGGAAGAACGACAAUUUAUUUCGGAAUCCAAAUUUCAAAAAUGCUGGAAAAUUUGUAACAUUGUCUGAUUUUCUGGCCACAGCAAAAAAUGCUAGCUCUCUUUCUGGUGUCUUAAUCAGCAUAGAGAAUGCAGCUUACCUUGCAACGGAGCAGGGCUUGAGUGUAACUGAUGCAGUGCUUAGUGCUUUGAGUAAAGCUGGAUAUGAUAAAGUGACAACUCCAAAAGUUAUGAUACAGUCCAGUAACAGUUCUGUUCUAAAGAAGGUCAAUAGUGCAGGCACUUAUGAGCUUGUCUACAGGGUUGAUCAAAGUAUUCGGGAUGCUCUUAACGCCACAGUUGAGGACAUCAAAAGCUUUGCUCAUUCUGUGGUUGUUGACAGGACCUCUGUUUUUCCUAUGGAUGAAAAAUUUGUCACUGGUACAACAGAUGUUGUAACCAAGCUACAAUCCUUCAAGCUUCCUGUUUAUGUAGAAACUUUCAGCAAUGAGUUCAUAUCUCAACCGUGGGACUUCUUCUCAGAUGCAACAGUUCAGAUCAACACAUUUUACAAGGUAUCCGGUCUCAAUGGUGUAAUCACAGACUUCCCAAAGACAGCUGCUCGAUAUAGAAGGAACAGAUAUUUGGGAAAGGGUAAAGAGACACCUAGAUACAUGAUCCCUGCUCCGCCUGGUUUCUUCAUGGGACUCAUUGCACCUGCUUUCAUGCCACCGGCUGAUGCCCCGUAUCCUGUACUGACAGUUCAGGAUGUAGUAGAGCCACCUUUGCCCGAUGCUGUAGCAAAAUCCCCUUCUACCAGUCCGGCUGGAUCUCCAUCAACCUCACCACCGCCAAAUGAACAACCUAAAGUCACCGCUUGCGUCUUCGUCUCAAAUCUGGCCAUGCUUCUCGUCGUUCUCUUGCUGUUUUAAUGCUGGAGAGUGGAGAGUCACCUACUCAAAUCCAAGAACCCCCCUCUUUUUUUUUUUCUAAUUUUCUUUUGCCAUGUUAGAAUAUAGAAUAUUUGUAUUU